UCUGUUGUUUGGCUUCGAGCCCUUUUCUUCCCGGCUCGCUUCUGCCUCACCGUCUUCGUUUCCGUCGGUAGGGAAGACCGCGAACUCUCUCCGCCCUCUUACUCCGAACAGAGACGCCUAGUGCCCCUCUUGCGCGAGCUUUCUUCACUUUGAUCCUUCAAUUACCGCUUUCAGAUCGGGGCGACCGAAUUGGACCCGCCGGAGGAGGAGAUCAGGGAUUCACCUUUGUUCCACGUUUGAUUUCUAUUUUCUAGUAGACAUAGGGCAAAUAGGAGAGUUUGAUCAGAGUGACCGGUUUUCUACGAUCGGCUGCUUCAUGGGUGGAUGAAAGGGACGUAGGAGGAGGCCUUGAUGGGUUCUCAGCUCAAGCGACCAAACGUUCCUCGAGCAGAUCUAUUGGGGCAAACUCAUAUGGCACCAGCACCAGCAGCUGUAGGGAGUACUCCCAAGCUCACAACUAACGAUGCCCUAGCAUAUUUGAAGGCCGUGAAGGAUAUAUUUCAUGACAAAAGAGAAAAGUAUGAUGAAUUUCUUGAAGUCAUGAAGGACUUCAAGAGUCAGAGAAUUGAUACCAAUGGAGUUAUUUUGAGGGUGAAGGAGUUAUUUAAAGGGCACCGUGAUCUCAUCUUGGGGUUUAACACCUUCUUGCCAAAGGGUUAUGAGAUUAAGCUACCAGAAGAAAAGAAACCGGUUGAGUUUGAGGAGGCAAUUGAUUUUGUUAAUAAAAUCAAGAACCGUUUUGAGAAUGAUGAGCAUGUUUAUAAGUCAUUCUUAGAUAUAUUGAAUAUGUACAGAAGAGAGAACAAGUCAAUCCAUGAGGUCUAUGAAGAGGUAGCAGCCCUCUUUCAGAAUCACCAAGAUCUGCUAGAGGAAUUCACACACUUUUUGCCUGAUGCUUCAGCUAUAUCUGCUCCACAUCACGGAUAUGCUGGUCGAGCAUUUGGACGUCGAGAUGACAGGAGCUCUAUAAUGUGUUCAUCAAGGCAUUUUCAUGUGGAUAAACGGGAUAGAGCUUAUACAUCACAUGCUGAUCGCGACUUCAGUGUCGAUCGUCCUGAAAUAGAGCAUGACAAGAAGAGAAGGCGUCCAGAGAAAGAAAGGGAUAGGAAGCCAGAUAGUGACAGGAAAGAUCAUGAACGAGAUGAGAAGGAUUUGGAGCAUGAUAGUGGAGAUUUAGAUAGUAUACAACAUAGGCAAAAAUCUUCAUUUCGAAGAGCUGAUGAUUCUAUUGCUGAGCAGGUGCAGCCUGGAGCUGAUGGUCCUGAGAACAUUGACAUGUAUAGCAUUUCAUCUUCAAUAAUCGAUGAUAAAAAUGCUUUGAAGAGUGUAUAUACUCGAGAAUUUAAUUUCUGUGAAAAAGUGAAGGAGAAAUUGCAUAGUGACACCUACCAGGAAUUUUUGAAAUGCCUUCACAUAUACAGCAAAGAGAUAAUAAAUAGAACAGAGCUAAAGAAUCUGGUAAAUGACAUCCUUGGAAAGUAUCCAGAUCUUAUGGAAGGUUUCCAUGAAUUUUUGGCCCAUUGUGAGAAUAUAGAUGGAUUUCUUGAAGGGGUGUUCAACAAAAGACACAUGGCUAGACCUAUUAAGAUAGGGGAUAAAGACAAAGAAAGGGACCAGGACAUGGUUGAACGGGAAAAAGAUGGUGAAAGGGAGAGAAACACUGAAAGGGAAAGAGUUGAUAAAGCCAUCUUGCAAAAGACUACUUUAUUUACAAGCAAAGAAAAGUAUAAUUUAUGGAAACCAAUUUCAGAGCUUGACCUUUCAAAUUGCCAGUGCUGCACCCCAAGCUACCGCCUUCUUCCAAAAAAUUAUCCUAUACCUCCCACUAGCCAUAGAACUGAACUUGGAGAGUCAGUACUAAAUGAUGUUUGGGUGUCGGUGACUUCUGGAAGUGAGGAUUACUCUUUCAAGCACAUGCGAAAAAAUCAAUAUGAAGAAAGCUUAUUUAGAUGUGAAGAUGACAGAUUUGAGAUGGAUAUGUUACUUGAAUCAGUUAAUACAACAACUAGGCGUGUGGAAGAAUUGCUGGAAAUGAUGCAGGACCCUGUCAAAUCAGAGAAUCCUAUUCAUAUUGAAGACCAUCUUACUUAUCUGAAUUUGAGAUGCAUUGAACGAUUAUAUGGAGAUCAUGGUCUUGAUGUCAUGGAUAUACUACGGAAAAAUGCUAGUCUUGCAUUGCCAGUGAUACUAACCCGCCUGAAGCAAAAGCAAGAGGAGUGGUCUAGGUGUCAUUCAGAUUUCAAUAAAGUUUGGGCGGAAAUAUAUGCCAAAAAUUAUCACAAAUCACUUGACCAUCGCAGUUUCUAUUUCAAACAACAAGAUUCAAAGAAUUUGAGCACAAAAAUUUUAUUGAGUGAGAUUAAAGAAAUCAAUGACAAGAUGAAGAAGGAAGAUGACAUUCUUCAUGCAGUUGCUGCUAAAAAUAGGCAUCCAAUCAUUCCCAAUAUGGAAUUUAAGUAUGCAGAUGUAGACAUCCAUGAGGAUUUAUAUCAGAUUAUAAAAUAUUCAAGUGGAGAAGUCUGCACAUCUUCGGAUCAGUUGGACAAAGUCAUGAAAUUAUGGAGUACAUUUUUGGAACCCUUGUUGGGUGUUCCCAAUCGAAAUCAAAUUGUUGAUGGCCAAGAUGUAAAAUCAAAGAGACGGGCUGCCAAAUCCGCUGUCACAGGUUUGGCUGAAAACAAUGUAAGUCCUGGCACUACCAAGCAAUGUAAUGGUGGUGGGAAUAAUUUACAUGAACAAGCAGGUCCAUUCAGAACUGGCUUAGUAAAUGGAGAUGUAACUAGUACCCAUGAUGUAGAUCGAGGUGCUCACCGUGGUGAAAAUCAUGUAAAUUCUAAUCCAAUACAAGUAAGAGUGCAGGACAAUUCUAUAUCUGAUGAAGGAUCUCGGGCAGUUGUGCAAAAUGUACCUGCAGAACAUUUGCCAGGUGGCAAUAAUGUUGCAAGUAGAGCUGAAAUUCACCCUAGAACAAACCAGGAGAAUACAUCAGGGAUUACUGCUGCAUCUUUAAGAACAAUGCAUCUUGGAACAGAGAUGCUAAUGGAACAUCAAGCAACUAGUGAACUUUUACCUUCUCUGGAGGUUGGACAUUUGGGAAAGCCAGGUAUAUCAGCAAAUGGUGGUGUUACUGUGGAAUGCAACAAAAAUCUUAGGCGUGAAGGUUCUGCUUCCCUUGAUAAUCUCAAAAUUGAAAGAGAAGAAGGUGAAUUGUCACCAACUGGAGAUUUCGAAGAGGAUAAUUUUGUGGCUUUUGAAGAUGCUGCUGUAACUACAGCAACUGAGCAGAAGAAUACUUCUAAUGCUGAAGUUGAUGAUGAGGAUGAAGAAAGUGCUCAACGGUCCACUGAGAUCAGUGAAAAUGCAUCAGAGGCUGGUGAGGAUGCAUCAGGCAGUGAAUCUGGCAAUGGUGAGGAAUGCUCCCAUGAAGAUCGUGAGGAAGAUGAUGAUGCAGAGCAUGACGAUCAGGAUGCAAAGGCUGAAAGUGAGGGCGAGGCUGAUGGAAUGAUCGAGGUGCACGAUGCUGAUGGGGAAAUUACAUCAUUACCAUACUCAGAAAGAUUUAUUAACACAGUGAAACCUCUUGCGAGGCAUGUGCCUGCAACAUUACAUGAUAACCAUGAUACAUCCUCCUGUAUAUUUUAUGGAAAUGAUUCAUUCUAUGUGCUGUUUCGGCUUCAUCAGAUAUUGUAUGAAAGGAUUCUAUCUGCUAAGACUAACUCAUCAACUGCUGAAAAUAAAUGGAGAACCUGUAAAGAUUCAAAUCCUCCUGAUCUAUAUGCUAAAUUUACGAGUGCUUUAUACAAUCUACUUGAUGGUUCCGCUGACAACACCAAGUUUGAAGAUGAUUGCCGUUCUAUCAUAGGAACUCAGUCUUAUGUUCUUUUUACAUUAGACAAGCUAAUCUUUAAAGUCAUUAAACAGCUUCAAGCAAUAGCCUCAGAUGAGAUGGAUAAUAAACUUCUCCAUCUAUACUUGUAUGAAAAAUCGAGGGCAGGGAGGUCUUUUGAUGUAGUUUAUCAUGAAAAUGCUCGGAUACUUUUGCAUGAUGAGAACACAUACAGAUUUGAAUGUAUUUCUCAAUCUUCAGAUGUGAUCCGACUAUCAAUCCAGCUAAUGGAUUAUGGCCAUGAAAAACCUGAAGUUACGGCUGUCUCAAUUGAUCCCAACUUUUCUUGUUAUCUAUACGGUGAAUUUCUCUCAAGUGUCUCAGUUAGGAAAGGAUUACAUGGUGCCUUCCUGCGAAGGAAUAAGCGUAAAUAUGGAAGUGCUGAUGAGUAUUCCACUACUUGCAAGGCUAUGAAAGGAAUUCAAGUACUCAAUGGUUUGGAGUGCAAGGUAUCUUGUAGUUCGUCUAAGGUGUCUUAUGUUCUAGAUACAGAAGAUUUGUUGUUCCGAGUGAGAAAGAGAAGACGAUACUCAAGUAGAGGGAUGAUAUUAAAUAACCAAGCACACUCUGUACAAGUAAAUGAUUCUAAAGUACAGCGCUUCCAUAAUUUCAUAUCCAGUUUCAUGACGAGUUCCUAACACAUUUUGACACGUGGUGGGCUCUGAAGUAGGUCAAAUACACCAGCAAGCUUGAUGGAUCUUCUCGGCUGCCUGCUUUCACUUCCUUGCUCGUUUCCAGAUAACAUAUGGUUGCAUUUCCGGUACUUAUAACAGCAUAUAAGCAUUAUUCUAGUUUUUGUUUCUUCCAUCACAAACUUGUACAUAUGCAACCUCUAACUUUAUUCUUAUAUGAUGCAUACUUUACUCCCACUUUGUUAACAUGUGGCUAGUCUACACGGGCAGAUAUGUAACAUCCUGAUGUAAAAUGUUUAUUCUUGUAGUGACUAUAGGUUCCUAUUUAAA